AUGAAGGGUGUCGUAGAUGGUGGCAUCGACGUGCCACACAGCGAGAACCGUUUCUUCGGGUACGAUGCUGAGACGAAGAAAUACGACGCAGCAGCGCAUCGUGAUCGCAUUUUUGGCAAACAUGUGGCCGACUAUAUGAAAAUGCUCAAAGAAGAGGAUCCGGACGCUUACAAACGUCAAUUCUCUCAGUACAUCGCUGAGGGCAUUGAGCCAGACGAUUUGGAGGAGAUAUACAAGAAAGCCCACGAGCGCAUUCGAAGCAAUCCAGAACGUGCUGCUCGAGCGCCGAAGAAAGUAACUGAGAAGAAAAGCUAUCGCAUUCAUAAGAUCAGUUUGGAUGAGAGGAAGAAGCGUAUCGAGGAGAAGAAAGAGCUGCUCCUCUUGUUGAAAAAACAGCAAGAUGCCGCAAUGUCGUGA